AUGGGUUGUUGUUUUCGAAUUAAUGCUAAUACAUCUAACAAUUAAUUUAAAGUCAGAGAAGAGUGUAAUUAAUUGAUUAAUGAACUCUAUGAUAAAUCAUGGAGGUAAAGAAAUGUAGAUACUCAAUAUCAAUAAUUUGUUCGAGGUAUAGAAAAUAAAUCUGAACUAAAAAAAUACUAUAAUUUAUCUUUAUAGAGUUACUCAGAUCUUUAAAAAAUUUGCAAUAAAUUUAGAUAGGUAAGAGGAGAUGGAAAUUGUUUUUAUACUGCUUUCAGUUUUUAAUAUUUGUAUAUUCUCUUAAUUAAAUAAAAUAAUUAAUCAUAGAAAAUUCAUUAAGAAUAAUUCAAGAAAUUUUAAGAUAAAUAUAAGAAUUUAGCAAUGAAAAUAUUUACAAAUGAAAAUUUUUAAAUUGAUGAUUAAUAAACUUAAACUUUAUUACUUCAAGAAUUUUUCAAAAGAUUAUAACAAUUAAUAGAUAUUAAGGAUGAAUAAAAGAGGGAAGAAGAAUUUAUCAAAUAAUUCUAAAAUUAUGAAGAUAAUGAAGAAAUAGAUUGUUGUUUAUAUGGAUUAUCAAUAAUUUUUUUUCGAAAUCUUGCUAAUUAAGCUGUUGAUGAAAAUAAAUUUGCAGAUUUAAUUCCAGAUAGAGUGAAUUUACUAAUAUGGGAAACUGAAUGCAACAAUAAUGAAGCUGUUAUACUUGCUCUUGCUAAAACUUUAUAAAUGUAUUAUUUUUCACAAUAAUCUUAGAAAAUUAUCUCUAAUAUUUUUUUAGAAUAAUGGAUUUUUAUUGAAGUAAUAUGAGGAGUAAAAUGAAAACUAAAUUAUUUUGUUAAUUAAACCAGGACAUUAUAAUAUUGGAAUAUUUUAAUAAGAAAAUAAUAAUUGA